GAUUAGUGUUUCUAGCCGGAAUUAUUUUGCUGCUUCCCGACAUGCAGUCGAGGUUGCCUAGAGAUUAGUACAUAUCCGCACAUCCGGCUGUAUUUAGAUCGUAUUAAAUAUGGUGAAUUGUUAACAAUGGCGGAUUCUAGAGAUAUAAAUUCGGGGUUCACGCUGAAAGAACUUUCCUUUUCCGAUUCGAAUAAUGAGGACAUAGUGCCUGGCAGCUCGUCAACGUUGGAGUUGCGCGAUAACAAGCUGGUAUGCGUGGAGUAUCCAGGCUUAGUUUCCAACGUGGACAAGAUGCUAGAGACGCUUGGUGGUGCAAGAAAUAUUUCUGAAACCUUCAGUCAACCGAAUCUGCGACUAGAGCUGCGCUACCGACCCCAGGACCCUUUCUGUCAUUCUCUGUGCGGUAACCGCUUCUCAUCCAGCAAUCUUCUCCUCCGUGUGCGAAGGAGAGUCCGAAAAAGAGAUUCCAAAGUUGCUGAGAUCAACAUGGAGAUACUUGGAGUCAUCGGGACAACGUACAAAUUUCAAGGGAUGGCGGAUUAUCAGUGCCUUGCUGUGCAUUCCCAAAAUGGAGAACACACAUCUUUGUACAACAAAAUCAUCCUUAAGAAAACCGAGAAAGAAGAGUUUUUUAAGCAGCCCAUGCCGCUCUUCCUUCCCCCGACCAUCUUCUCACGUCUCGACACACCAGUUGAUUAUUUCUACCGAGCUGAUGUUUUUAACAAGCAGAAAGCUGAUAAUUUCCAGAGCAAGACAAAUUUCAUUGGAUUGAACAGACCCCGUCGGCCCCAUAACGCCAUUUUCCUCACUUUCGCCGAUCCCGAGGUUCCCACCGAAACUCAGGAGACGGCUCGGGUGAAAUGGAAAACCAUGGCCACGACUGAGUAUGAUCUCCAAUGUGAGGAAAAACUAGUGGCGAUGUUUGAGAGCCGGCCCAUCUGGUCCCGAAAUGCCGUCAAGGCCAACCUUAACAUCCACCCGGAAAAACUCAAAAGACUCCUGCCGGUCGUGGCGUAUUACAUGGUGACCGGACCAUGGAGAACCCUGUGGGUGAGAUUUGGCUACGACCCUCGAAAGACAGUCGAGUCCAAGAUUUACCAGAUGCUCAACUACAGGAUGCGCUGUAGCACCAAAAACGUUUAUGUCGUAUCUGAGCUACUGGUGAAGCCCAAGAGGAGUUCCCUGAACUACACGCUACCGAUAGCAUUCAACAAGACCGGUCCAACUCCGGCCAGUGUGUCAGAACUUCGAAAUCAGGAGGCUUCAGGCACUAGUAAAGAUCCAGUGCCAAUCUCUUAUCAAUUAGAGGACUCUGCCUAUAUUUUCAGAGAGGGCAUGCUACCGCCUAACCGGCAGAUGUUUUACCAGCUGUGUGACUUGCAUGUGCCAAGCAUCCAGGAAAUCAUCACGCAGAAUAACAACCCACAAGUGUGCGAUGAGCGUGACGGCUGGUGUCCCGUGGGAACAACAGACAAGCUGCGGGACAUCAUCUCGUCUCUGGUCAAGAAGGUUGUCCGAGAGCACAAAUCGCCAGCAUUGGAAAAGCACACCUUGCAACCGAAACAGACGGCACAGAGUUCAAAAGUCGACAGCGAGGAUGAUGAUGAUGAUUAUGAACACGAGGAAGGCGAAGGGGAUGAAGUGUAUCAGCCAUCAGAGGGAAGUGAAAAUGAGAUGGAGACUGAAAUAUUGGAUUAUAUGUGACAAAAGACAAUAUUAUGACAAUUAUCUCUGUUUAUUUUGCUUCUACACAAAUAAAAAAAUGAAACUUGUA